AUGGACAGUUCUGGAUUUCUUUCUCCCAAAGCAAACGCUUUUUCCAUUGCGCACUUGAUCGAUAGAGCACAACUGGCAGACCUUGCGUUUUUCCAGCAGAAUCCCAGCUAUCACUGGAACUCCCAGGUUCUGAUGCGUGAAAUGGAAGGUAGAAGUGUACGUUUAACGCGCGCGCGCGAGAUCUGCUGGCUUGUAACCCUGGUGUCAUUGCUUUAAGUCCAUAUCAUUCUCCAUCAAUCAAUGAGUUCCACCACUUGGCAUUUGCGUUCCCCUGCGGUUGUACCCUUCAUCAUCGUCUGUGAUUUGUGAUUUCUUUUUCACAGAACGCCUCAUGAACGCAGGAACGGGUAAAAGAACGCCUUUGAGGAGAGCAGAUAACCCGCUGAUGCCUGAUGAUUCGGAUGACUCCGGUGACAAUGUUCACUCUCCAAAUUCAAGUCCCCCAACGACCCAAUCUUCUUGCUCGCAAGCCAAUGUGAGGCCAUUGUGUGCUGGGCUUAUAAACGCAAGAGUAGAUCUAGAGAUGAAAAGCUUGUGGGACGAAUUUCAUGCUCUAGGCACCGAGAUGAUCGUAACCAAAGCUGGAAGGUCUGUAGUCCGUUUUUUUCGUUUGGGCUGCAUUUGUUCUUUCUGACUAGACUGAUCUCAAUUUAGGUUUAGACCUCCUUGCUCUUACUCUGUUAAUCCCUUAGUCCUUCAUGUAAAUAUGCGUAUUGUGACUCUCACAGAAAACUUUUUAAGCUGCGGCAUUUUGGCAUAGUCCUUUUUUCGUAUUUUGUGACAUGAAAUUUAGAUUUUUCGCUUUUGACUUUGGUCAGUUUUACCUGGAGUGGAAGCCUGAUUUGAUUGAUCUGUUCAAAAUUAUACAAAAUUGGCCAUGUUUAUAUGGUUAUCUCAAUGGUUUUAUUUUUAUUCAAUAGAUCGAAAAGAUGUGUGGUUUUCUUUGAACACAUAUCAAAUUAAAGUUUCCGUGAUUUUUCCGUCUCUGAAGCCUUAUCCAGGUUACAACCGCAGGGAAAUUAGUUAUUUGGAUUCAUUUGCUACUUGUUUGAGAAGCAUAAACAGGAAACCAAAAUCUUGUAGAUAAGGUACGCGUGAUUUAAGACUUUCAAGGCGGAUACAUAGAAGUGUAGACACUUCUUUCAAUGUUGCGUGUAGCAAGAAGCUAUAAAUCAGGCAAAAAAUUUUACCCUCCUACUUCUGAUUUCAUCAGUACUCUGGGAUCAAAAACCAUAUGAAAUUCCAUAUCACAGAGAGCUUAAAGACAAAUACUGCCACAUGGAAGGUCUAUUAAGAAGCUCAUUAACACGCCUGCCCAGUAUUUUGUCGAAACAAAAAAAACUCGAAACUCCGAACUGUCUUUGGAGCACUAGAGAUUGAUUGAAAUUUCUUUGGUUGAUUGAAAUAUCUUAAGAAUUGUGUAAAAUACCUUAAUUUCCAUUGUUGUCUGCAAACUUACACAUAAUACCAGGCGAAGACUCGUUUUUGUGUCGCAAAACUCAAACUGAGUUGGAAGUGUGUUUAUAGUAGUACCAUCAUAAUUUACUACACCAGCAGGAAAAGAUCACAACACGAAACGGAAAAGCAAGUAUUUUUGACCUUAUAUUUAUUCAUUUACCGAAAAUUCAAUCCUCGAUCUUGGGUACUAACUAAUUUCUUUGACUGUUCUGAAAGGUCAAAAUCAUUCAAGCAAUACUACGUUACUGAGCUCUUGAACGAGGUCAUAAUAACUUUUGUCUCAGCAAAAAAAACGAUCUCGAUGCCAUUGUUGAUAUCAAGCUAUUCAAUAGGUCUUUCUUAUGACGUCAAGUAUUAGUAUAGGUUCUGGCUUUGAGGCUUUGGUGCGUGUAAGUAUGACCAUUGGAAUCAAAGCUACUUUGUAGUAAUUUCCUGUGGUGUUUCUCUAUGAUGAUGUACUUGAUGGUUUCAAACUUUAGAGUAUGGCCACUUACAUGACAGCUAAAAGCAGCGUUCUCCUGUUGUACUGUUCAUUAUGCUGUACAAGGUGGCUCUAACUCUACUUUGCAGAUGAAAUUCUGAAGUCUAAUUGUUAUAAUGAAACUAAUUAAGCAGUGCUUUCCUGUGGUUGGUUUUGUUUUUCUGAAAAAGGUAGUUCAGGCUUUGGAGAUUGCGGGUGAAAUCCUAAAAAAAAUUAUGAAAGCAGUACCUGCAGUCCUGAGAUUGUGGGUGCAAUCCCGUAAAAAAGAAAUGAAAGGAGUACUUUCAGCCCUGUGCUGCAUGUUCGAAUUAGUGGAUGAAAUCAUUAUAAAUCUCUCAUUCUCUGUAGUAACAUUUAAUAGUAUGUUACUGUGUAGAUUUGGAACAUCUUUGUUUUGUCAAGUUGGAACAAAAGAGUCAAAUAAGGUGAAGUUAAACGGGCGAGAAAAAAUUCAUAUUCAUUUAGGAAUCUUAUUAACUGUACUAACAUGCAAACAUUUCAACUGCAAGCAAUCUCAGUUCUAAAGCCUCAUUAACACCAAAGCGUAAACACGUUUUAAACUAAAAGCUGAAGAGUUAAACAUUGUUUAAAUUUGUUUCCUUGUGAAAUGCUGCUUGCUGUAGUUUUAUCGAUGGCAAAUGUAGUGCAAUUAUGUAACAUUUAAAAGUUAAUUUGAAUUCUGUGUAAAAAGCCGGUGUACUAGUUUUUCAUUACUGUUUUUCACUUUUUUAAAACCGAGUUUAAACAUGUUAUAGUUGGUGUGAAUAUUAAAAACGCAGUCGAUUCUCGUUGGGGUUAGACUGUUCUUGAAAAGUGACGGUAAGACGCGGUACAUCUAAACGAUCUCACGAAAAAAUAGGGGACUGUGAACAGUCUACGUGGGGGUUGCCCCUCCGUGUUGGCGGGAUACUGCGAAGAGCCGUGCCAGCGGUGCACCAAUACUGACUCGAACUGGGCGUUUAAUCUCUCCAGUUGGGACUGUAAUUGGUGCAUCUCGUAGUAGCAGAGAACACUAUUGAGAACUACAAUUCCUGUCGGCAGAUUUCUGAGGUGCAAGUUCUUAUCGAACUGAAAUGACUCUCUUAACAAAGCGUUUUCUAGCAGAGUUCUUAUACUUCAGUCGUUGAUUGUUCCAGUGAGCUUUUGUAUGUGACCAAAAACCAAAAUGUGGCUAUAUUUCUUUACCCAAGCAUGACCAAAGGUUUUGAGUACGUUUUUCAUGCAUUACUAAUUGCUACAUUUGAAUUGUGAUGCUCAAACAUUUUUCACUGGAAAAACUGGAAUGCUAAAAGUUAACCAUUUUUUUUAAAACUUCCAUGAUAGACGUUGUAACUAUUAUACUGACUACUCUAGGUCUAAUAAAAGAAUAACACAAUCAGUCUUAGUGAUUAAUACCUCGAUGCGCCCACGGUAUUCCCCAUCCCAUCGGCUGGGGAGUACUACGGGUGCAUCGAGACACCCAGGGCUCGCUGAAGGCUGAGCCUAAAGAGGUGGUUGAUUAUGUUAAUUCUUUUAAAUCCCGUUAGGCGCAUGUUUCCAACGUUCCAGGUGCGUCUGCAAGGUUUGGAUCCCUCGUCCAAGUACAUUCUUAUGAUGGACUUUGUCCCAGUGGAUGACAAACGUUAUAGAUACGCGUUCCACAGUUCCAAAUGGCUGGUAGCGGGUAAAGCAGACUCCAGUGUACCCGGGAGAGUACACAUUCAUCCCGACUCUCCCUGUACUGGACAGCAAUGGAUGAAACAAAUCGUUUCUUUUGACAAACUUAAACUCACAAACAACCUGAUGGACGACAAUGGGCAUGUAUGUUGUCAAUCAUAAUUUAAUUAAAAGAAAUAAGUUAGAAGAAACAAACAUUUUUUAUCAGUCUUUUACCUUUUAUGCUGUGUUAAAAGGCGGAAAUUUAAUGAUAGCAAACACCGUUGCUUCUUAAUUUUCUGAUGGUUGUCGGUAGAGAGUGCAGGUUACUCAGCCACCUUUAUGCUUACAUAUUUGUCCAGGCCAGUUUGAAAAUAACACUUUCCAGAAUUCGCCAAAUCUCGAAAUCGUAAUAAACUAAAGCAAAUAUUGACCAAAAUAUACUCUGCGUUUACAAUAGACCUCUUUAGCUUGUUUGUUUUUGUUUUCCCAAUAGGGGUCCCGGGGGAACUUGUCCCUUUGUUUUUUUCAUAAAAUAUGCGCAGAUAUGCACUUGAAUUAGACAAAAUUUGAAAGAAACAGUUUCUUUAGAGUAGCCGAUCACAUGACCUGAAUUGGGGAAACAGAACUUACAAGCUAAAGAUCACAGGUCUAUUGUUGAGACACCUUAUUCGACCUUAUAUCUAUCAGUCUGCAUAAAUACAAUAAGUACAACAAAAAUAGAUUGAAAUAAAUAAAGAUAUUUUACAACAAUUAGUGGCGAGGAAACCUCAAUGAAACCACAGCUUAUACAACUUGCAUAAGGUUUUCUCACAAAAGAGCCAAAAAAAGUAGGAAUAAGAAAGCAAGAAGUGAUGGUCUAAAACCAAAUUUUUUAAUCUUACUUUUAUACGAGAAAUCCUCUGAUGAGGAAUUUCCAUAACGUUCUCUUGAUUUCCGUUAAAGAGGGCUUUUACAGUGUCAGGAGCCGAUUACUUUUUUCAAACCGGACGCAUUUUACGCCUCUUAAGACUGCAGCUGCUUUUUCAGGAAAUGCUUUGUUUUCUUUUGAAUCAACAACAUGCGGAAAUUCUUUCAAACCGCAGUAGACUAAUCAUGAAAAUUAGAUUAAUCCUUGGUUCCAACAUGGAUUCCUUUGAGUUGAAUCUUACAGCCCUUUAAGGUCAAGUUAACUCUCUCAGUAGGCAGUAUUUGGAUGUAGGCGUUCCCUUUCUCAUUUCUAAAAAACAAAUAACUGAGUUUGAUGCUCAAGCCCAAAUUACCUCUUUUAAGACGUGACUUUUGGACAAAUCACUGAGUUGUUGGCAAUUAUUAAUAUGCACUUUCCCUCACACUUUGAUACAAAACAUUCAAUCAAAUACGGAUUUAUUUUCUUGAAGAUGAGCUUAAAUUUUCCGGUUUCGUUUUUUAUCUCCUUUGGAGCGAAAUGAUCGAGGAUUAUCGUAUUAACCAGGGAUCAUGCCUCUCUUGUUAAAUUGAACUGUUUACCACACAAGACUAUAGCCACCACGCGAAGACCAUCAGUAACUUUAAUUCCGGGUGGGGGUCAGAAAGAUGGGGAAGAGUACUGGCCGCAAAAUUAAACCAAUUAGCAUUUCUCGGCGUAAUCUUUCAGCUCUUGCCACAAGUUCCUAAUUUUUUUUAUUUUGUCUGAAAAGCGCCAUUUUUACAGCGAGCCAUUUUUUACAAUCAAAUAUUCCUCUUGAAGCAGGACAAAACAAACCGCUCCAUAGUCUUCCAGUGAAUUGCCUUUCGCCAAACUGUAAAGUAGGAUAGGAAUCACCCUACAUAAACGGAGAGAUAUCUCUGCAGUGAGUCUAGUUAAGGCCUCGCAUUAUUUGUCUUGCAGAUUAUCUUAAACUCAAUGCACAAGUACCAGCCUCGAUUCCACGUGAUUUUGGACGAAUCAGGGAAAGGCAAUUCCAGGACUAGUCUUUAUGAAAUGAACAGAGACCAUCUGCGCACGUUCAUUUUCACUGAAACGCAGUUUAUGGCUGUUACUGCUUAUCAGAAUCACAUGGUAUGUACUAGUGAAUAUACAGUUGAACCUCCAUUAAGCGGUCAGUAACCAAAAUCGCCAGUUGCACAUCUCCCAAACUGCACCUUGUUUUCCCUCCCAAAAUUUCCUUUAAGCUUUGCUUUCAAUUUCUCUUGGGACGGCCUGUAAUACCCAGGAGAAAUGAAAAGCAAAAGAAAUGAAAAAUUGGGGGGGGAGGGGGGCAAGCAAUUUGUGUUAUGGGAAAUCAGCGUGCAAAUGGCCUCUAUAUAAAGCGGCCACCUCUAUUAAGCAGUCAGAGAUAAAAGGUAACGACUGAUUUUGCCGGACCAGUGGUGCUGGUCCGGUUGUGUGUUUGUUUCAAAAUAAAGUUAUGUUUCUGUUAAGAUCAGUCACGCAGAGAGAAGGAUCAAAAAUGUUGUCUAUAGAGACCAAAUUUUGACCCACAGAAAUUUUCAAAGGAUCGUUCUUGGGAAAAAAAUUGUAUAGAAAAAAACCGUGAUAUGGUCAUUCAAAGACAGUGAAUUUUAACCGAGCCUUUUUUUCUUAAUGGGCGCAUCAAAUUAAGGCGUUUUGUUUCAUUUGCCAUCAAUCAAAAAGUGUCCUUUUAUAUUAGACUUGCAAUGUGAUGUUUUAUUAAAAAUUAGAUGACACUUCUAUUUAAAAAAAAGAAAAAGAUCAUACACUGGGUAUGAUUGCAAGGGCGGGCUUGGUACAAUUAAGGAAAAAAUUUUAGAAAACCAUAGAGCCAAACGUUUUUUUAGAGAGCCCAUAAAAUUCAGGUGUUGUCUUUCAUUUACCAUCAUCAAAAAGUAUCAUUCUUACGUAAGACUUGCAAUUUGAUGUUUAAUUAAAAAGAAAAUCAGACGUGAGUAUGAUCACGAGGGAAGGCUAAUUAAUUUUGCAGGUAUAAUUUUUGUCUACGAACUUACCAAUUGCAAAGAAUGUUUAAAACCAUCGAAACAAAAUUUGCGCGUUAAAAAGGCUCUCUAACUACCCGAACUUCGACAGGAGCCAUUCUGCCUUCGAACAUUUCAACUACUCACUACUACUACUACUCGUAAGUUGGAAGAUUGAAAGUGGAAGUGAAAGUGUCAUAGAAAAAAGAAAAAUUGGCAAGUCAAUCAAGUGUAACCUGUUAUAAAAUUAAAAUUUUGAAGGCAUCGCCUCCUCGUGAUUGGCACACACUGUAUUAUACCUUUACCCACCCUGCGAACAGUCUCCUUCGAUCUUCCUAGAUAAGUCGGGAAUAGGAUGCCAGAGCUUCCUCUUUCGUCUCUUCUUUCUUUUUUUUUCAUGUCUUUCACUUCUUCUUUCCUGACUUAUCUAGGAAAGAUCGAAGCGAUCCUGCUAGCAGUAUAGCCUUAGCUCCACAGCUUUUUGUGCCACAUCAAAUUCAUUGAUUAUUAUACCAAUGCCGGUCACCAAUCGUUUCAUUAGGCAGGUCUAGAAAAAAUUCUUAAAUGUUCACAAAGUGUUUUUAGUUUUUUGCUCUUGACACCCAGCACCUUCACAAACUCAGAGUCUCUAGAACUAUCUUCGAAGCAAAGGCAAGGCACUACAGUCAAUUAAAAAACAAACGACUUAUAUCAAGCGAAUCAGACAAAUUUAACUGGCAACGAUCCAUGUAUUAUCUUGUCAGGCAUGUCUAGAAUUAUUGCCUCAUUGCCUUCACUGCACAAAACUCGUUCCACCCGUUCUAGAAGGACCUGAGGUCAAUAUCCACAUGCGGUACCCGUGGGUCGCCAAAAAUUGUUUUUAAAGCCUAUAAACAGGUCAUUUGUAAAAGGAAGCCAAUUGUAUUAAAGUAAUACUAGGUAAAAUUAAGUUAUAUUUGAUGGCUAAAAUCUCAGUGUGGGGUGGAAUUUCUUGCUAAAAACAGAACUUAGGUCAAGACAUUACGCCUUUUUGCAAAGAAAUGAGCGGUACUUUCAGUGACAAAAAGUUCAGUUUUACAAAUUUCCGCGUUUUCUGGCUUUCCAAGCUAAAUAGGUUUCAUUGUUAAAAUAAAAUAUCCAGAUGGACAAUCAGAUUUUGCAGAAUAUCAUUACUGAUUUUUCGAACCUCCACUCCUGUCAGAAAAGCAGAAAACAAACUACGUCACCUAAAGCUCUCUCUCUUAUGUGAUAAUUCAAUUAUCACUUGAGAAUAACUGAAUUCCUGUGCAAAGUCAUAUUACACAAGACUAAGUAAUAAGGAUGGAGUUUUUGUUUCAUGUUUAUAAGCUUAAGGGCUUAAUACAGCUGAUCUUUGUCCAGUGCCAAGAGAACACUUACCAGUGCCUAAGGGCAAAACGCGGUACUCAGUAAGCAAAACCGCAACCUGAUGUUAUUUGAUGACUAAACGAUUUUUAAUCCUUUACCUCCCGUAGGGUUUAAAUUUCUGAAAUUUCCCCGUUUACACAGAGUUCAAAAUAAAGACCUUUAGUAACAAAAUACAUUUAAAUAGUAAAAGUCAUUAGAUAUAUUCCGUUUAUAAAAUAGCGCAUAUUUCAUCUAUAGACAAUUUUAUUAAAUUUAACAUUCUUUCUCCGGAGAAAAAAAAUUCGUAAUUAUACAAUGGAAAAGGUUAAUCCGUCAAUAGAUUGAGGUAAUUACGUAAUUACAUUCUUUUUAAACCCUGUUAGCCAUAUACUUAUGGAUUUCUCUGAUUUUUAGCUUGGUAUACAAAAGGACAAGAGUUCUUUAUUCGGUCAAAUUUACCGCCCAUGUAGUUUUAACGUUUUCGGUAUUUUAAUUGAGAUAUCUAAAGUACAUAACAUUUUAAUGUAGUUUUGGAAAUAUUUUUCAUAACUAUAGCCUUCCCUUCACGGAAGAUCAAAAACUAAAAAUGCAUUGGACUUUGGCAAAAACGAGCACCGUUGUGUGAUCUUCGGGCAAAAUAUUGCUAGCCUGCGUAGCAUGGCGGUUUUGGUGAUACAGUCAACUCUCUCUAAGACGGACACCUUUGGGACCUGCACUAAGUGUACGUCUUAGAGAGGUGUCCGACUUAUAGAGAGUCAAAUAAAGAGAGUAUAUAAAGAAAGGCAGGGACCAACUCUAAGUGUCCGUUUUACAGAGGUGUCCGUUAAGAGAGAGUCGACUGUAAACGCGGGCGACGGCAGAGAAACUGCGAGGAGAUUGGGGCGGGAGCAGAGAGACGGUUUUUAAAUAUUUUUCUCACGGCUUCGCCGCUCAGUAGUGUCAGUAUUGCUCCCGACAAAACCGCAAUGCUACGUAGGCUAAAUAUUGCCUGCGUUUCAACCGGCCUACGCAUUGUCUACAUCAUUUGUAUAGAAGGUUUAAAGUGUCUGCGCAGUAGGCUCGGCAAAAUAUUGCUCUUAACUGAAAUUCACAAACACGGAACUUGGACAUUUUUCUAUACAUUUAAAAAGUUUGAAAAUACACAGUCCCAUGUUUAUAGCUUCUGAUUUUGUUGCCGCUGCUCAGUUGUCAUUUUUUUGUUGCUUUGUUGUUGUUGUUUUUUCGCUUGCUAAUUUUUACUUUCAAGUCUUAGCUGAAUUUGCAAUUUCUUAACACCCCUUCCUUAAAACAGUCAUUAUUUUUAACAGUAACAUGUUCUGUGAUGUCAUUUUAGCCAGAUAGAUAAACACUUGACACCCCAGCGAUUUUAAGUGGUCCUUCACACAAAGUAGUUCGUCUGUCCUUCCACGCGAUAGCCAAAUACUGUAAACGCUAAGUGGCUGAUCCUACUUAAAAAAUGGAAACAUAUCAGUUGUUACGAAUUCUGCCGCAAUCAUAGUGCUAGGGCCAAAAUAAUAGUAUAAAUAAAAGCCAAUAUCAUUUCGAGUUGUUAGCCUCAAUUCCGUGGGUGAAGUCGCUGGAGCCAAUUUUCGCAGAGGGCCUCGUUUUCCCGUUUAAUUUGCUCCACUUUUAUUGGAAGCAACCAAACAGAGCUAAUGUAAUCUACUGUUUGACCGUGCGUAUCAUCACGAUUUAAGGCUUAAAACUAAGAAUAGAAUGGGGUUAUUAACUAGGCCAUUUCGAAAGAGGGGAUUUGCCUUCACAUCACUGUAAAUCAUUCCGAUCUGUUUUUGCCCUAAAAAUUUGGCGAGAAAAACGUAAAUAUUUUGGUCUAAUUUAGCUCACAAUGAGGGUUAAUACAGUCCAUGCAGUUACGUAUGGCUUAUUUGGACCCACGGGCUGAGCUGAAAUGAGUCUCAGCGUGGGCUGCAAUAGGCAUUUGAUGGGGCUGCUCUUGCUCAAAUUGUGUCGAAAUCGGAGGCUCAAUCAGAUUUCGUCCUGCACGGCUAAAUUGGCACUUUGGGGCUUAAACAUGCAGAUCAGCCGUUUUAAUUCCCUCUUCUUUUACGCCCAAGAUAUCACUGGCCUGGCCAUUUUAAGCCGAUAGAGCUGUAGUUUAGCCCUUCCGCUCAAAAAAAUUUUAAAGUUCAAGAUUUCAAAAUCAUGUCCUUUUGUAAAAUGCAGAAAAAAAUAGCAUCACCAUAGGUUUUUUUCCUGUGAGAACACAGAUAUGUGUUAAUUUUCUCUAUACCCGAUUCUGGGAGUACAAAGUUUACAAUGUAAUCAGAGUAGUGCUGACAAUUUUGUUUUAGAUCACACAACUCAAGAUUGCCAGCAAUCCAUUUGCCAAAGGAUUUCGGGAUUGUGAUCCAGAUGACUGGUGCGUGUUCUAAAUUGUUGUAAAGAAAAAUUCCUCGUUCUUAGUCUUGAGAAAAACUCUGACGGGACCGUUUUGACAAGAUAGUAGGUAACUUGAGCAAAGGCGUUUUUGAGCGACGUACGUCAAAUGGAAGAGGAUUUUUUACAUUCCUGAGCAGCGGUUUUGCCUAAAUUUUCAGUUAAAUCGUCUCUGAAGUGUAAAAAAACUAAGCAAUACAAAUUUUAUAGCGUGAAGGCAUGUUAAAAGGGAAACGUCCUCACUUCCUGUUAACGUGCAUCUCUCAAAAACGCCAUUGCUUAAGCUUCCUAGUCUAAGGGUGGUUACUUAAAUAUUUACAAAAGAGAGAACACCUUACAUUUUGUUUUUUCAACCUCGUCCCCAGGGCUUUUCCCGUCAGUAAAUGGGCGGGGCGGGAAAUGGGAAAGGUCCUGAGGACGAAGUUGCCUCGCUUUUUUUAUAACCAGGAUGUCCGAUGAGGCAAUCCUUGCUUAGAAUCUGUGCGUCGAGUUUGCUGAAAGUAUGCGAAAAACUUAGAGUAGGGUCGUAGCUAGACUUUAAGUGCAGUAAAGACACUAGCUGUAAACAGAGAAGCCACGCCGGAGAACAGCCAGGUGGGGUCUGGGGGUGUGCCACCUAACUGUAAAACCGAGACGAGGCAAUUGCUGAAUUAUUGAAGCUAGCUACGAAUUGCAAUCUCGCUAGGGCAACUAAUUUUAUUUAGUUUAGAUCAGAUUGAAACCUUAACCAUGUUCACCGCUUUAUGACUGGUUCUUAGUAAUUGAUAAUGAACCUCUCUACCAUGACAAGUAAUCAUGAAAAACAAAACCGAAACUUUUUUUAUCGACAUAUCUUUUUCUUUUCUCACAAAACAGCGUAAUGGAGGUCAUGAAACAACUUGAUCAGGGAGAAAUAGCCGCGACAGCACGUGCCAGAUUACAUGGAGAUAUGAUGCCUCAGAGAAAUGAUGUACAAUUAUCUAGACCCCAGGCCCCCCGACCAAUGACGCCUGCCAUGAACCCGGCAUUUACUUAUCAAGGUACUUGGAAUGCUCGUACAUUUCCUUCAUUUAGAGUUCUUCGAUAAAAACUGCUAACUCCCUAAAUAGACCUUUUAGGUCUACUUUUGUUGUUAGUUGCUGGUUGGUGAGGUGUUUUUUAUUAUUAUUAUUCGUAGACUGUAUUUCUGCCGCUCACUCACUUAGCUUUGGUUUUCCUCCUUGGGGGUGAGCGCGGGCUCAUUUAUCGGGCAGCUGCUUGCAAUAGAGUAAAAUGAAAGGCUGUAACCUGAAAAAUUGAUGUUUCUAUACAAAAGCCGGACGAAAAUGCUGCAUAAAAGCUUUCUCUUUGGGGAGGUUAUCGGAGAGACUCGAGAGAGACAGCAACAACAACAAUAUUGAACGUACAUGUCAUCCAUAGCCAAGAAACUGGAAGUUUUUGAUUUAGCAAAAUAUAGAAAACCAGCAACUAAAUAUUGACAAAAAACAAGUAAUUUUCCAAAAAAGAAAAAUUGAAUCAAAAAAGUUAAAGUAGUCCAAGGGUCAUCUCAGCUUUAUGUCAUCAGCUGAAGUAUUGUUCAUCUUUGAAGUACUAUGGCUCCUAACGCAGACUAGUUUUGUGGAUAACUUAGUUUAUAAUUGUUUGCCUUUAUUUUCUAGGUCCAUAUGAGAACAGAGGAGCUCCUUUGUCUCACGUACCAAGAAACCUUCCCAACCCCUCCCCACCUGGGGGAUACAUUCCCAUGAUGCCCCAAAUGAUGAAUCACGUGGGACCUAAUCCAAUGUCUCCAACAAUGACAAUGUCACCGACAUCCCCGACGAGCCCCGGCUAUGGCCAGCGUACUUACCAGUCACUGCGCAUGCACCGAACGAUGCCUUACCCAACUAGGGGAAGCAGAUCGUCUUCAAGCGAUGAAAGUUGCCAAUAGAAAAUUCAAUGUUAAUUAAAAUCGAAUUCAAUCUGAAAUUUCUUGGAAAGACUAACCAUUUUUGUAGCGCUAAAAUUGUACGUUUCUGUAUAUACAAAUUCAUGCUGAC